CCUCCAAUCAAAUGUGUGUUGCGAAUCACAUGACUCACGUGAGUUUCUCCAGCACGAAGAGUUGUCAGCGGUCUUCCGAACUAGCAGCAGUGACAUCCAAACAAAUCCCACCAACAUGCCUAUCUGCAACCUGAACCAGAAGAAUUUUGAUCCUGAGCAGGAUUAUCCUGAACUCAGCAAGCAUAAUAACUGGAUGGCUAAAUGCCUGACCAAAGAGAUCUAUGCGGCCAAUAGAGACAAGGUCACCAAGUUUGGAGUCACUCUGGACCAAUGUAUCCAGACUGGUGUUGACAAUCCAGGCCAUCCUUUCAUCAUGACUGUGGGUGCCACUGCAGGAGACGAGGAAAGCUAUGAAACAUUUGCUGACCUCUUUGACCCCAUUAUUGACAAACGUCAUGGUGGCUAUGCUAAGGAUGCCAAGCACAAGACUGAUCUCAACCCAGACCACCUUCAGGGCGGAGACGACUUGGACCCAAACUACGUUCUCAGCUCACGUGUGCGCACAGGUCGUAGCAUUCGUGGCUACAGCUUACCACCAAACUGCACUCGUGCUGAGAGGCGUGCUGUGGAGCGAAUUACUGUCGAUGCUCUCAAUGGCCUGGAUGGAGAAUUCAAGGGCAAAUACUACCCACUGUCUGGCAUGACUGAAGAGGAACAGGAUAAGCUGAUUGAAGACCAUUUCCUGUUUGACAAACCAGUGUCUCCUCUUCUUACCUGUGCUGGUAUGGCACGUGACUGGCCUGAUGCCCGUGGUAUCUGGCAUAAUGAAAACAAAGACUUCUUGGUCUGGGUGAAUGAGGAGGACCACAUCCGUGUCAUCUCUAUGGAGAAGGGAGGUAACAUGAAGAAAGUCUUCAAGAGAUUCUGUGAUGGCCUGAACAAGGUUGAGUCUCUCAUGAAGAGCAAAGGCAAGGAGUACAGCUGGAACGAACAUUUGGGCUACAUCCUGACCUGCCCCAGCAACUUGGGAACUGGUCUGCGUGGUGGUGUCCAUGUCAAGGUCCCUAACCUGUCCAAGGACUCUCGCUUUGAUGACAUUUUGGAGAAACUACGUCUUCAGAAACGUGGCACAGGUGGUGUAGACACUGCUGCUGUUGGAGGCACCUUUGAUAUCUCCAAUGCCGACCGUUUGGGAUACUCUGAGGUGGAGCUGUGCCAGUUUGUCAUCGAUGGCGUCAAGCUCCUGAUAGAAAUGGAAAAGAAGCUGGAGAAGAAGCAACCAAUUGAUGAUUUGAUCCCAAAAGAAAAAAAGAAGUAAAUGGCAGUUUUUGGAAAAAUUAUGCAUCUAAAAACAGAUAUGAACUAUUUCUUGACUACUUGAAUUAAAACGCUGGACUUUUCUUGACCAAGGCCGUUUUACUUUUGAAAACAUUUACAGUAGCAUUGAUUGUGAUAGUGAAUUAAAACUGUGAUGGAACUACUUUACAGACAUCCUAUUUAUAUUGUAUGAAGACAUUUUGGUGCCAAAAUCUUAGCCAUUGCAGGGCAGUGCACAUGGUAGUUGUACAUGGUAGUUUUAGGAAAACAGUGUUUUAACAGAUGCCCUAAAAAGAUCUUAACCUAUUUAUGAAUCCAAAUUUUACUAUUUAUUUCAUACAAUCUAAUCCAUAUAUACAUGUUGAUAGCAGUACCAAAAUGCGUGAAAGACUUUUUCUCUCUGAUUGCCAAAUAAAAAGUGUGAAAGUGUUACUAUCUUGA